AUGGGGAGAAAAAAAGCUAGGUAUUAUAGAUACUAGGGGAUACACUAUGAGACAUAAACUGAGUUAGUUCUUUUCCAUGAGAGGAUUUAGUUCCAGUUCAGUGUUGGUCAGUCGUGUUUCAGUGUGCCCCAUGUAGUUGUGUCCAACGUGGGUUUCCAAGAUGAGCUGCUCAAAGACUGUGGAUGUGUUAUGUGGAAGGGAGUGAGAUGUGCUCUGGUGAAGAUGGACGCGGUGGUAAGAAGGGCAGGAGUAACUUGUUCCAUCCUGUAUAGCCAUGCUAGACCGAAGUCCACAUGACCCAAUAUCUUCUAUAUCUUUCAGCUCAUCUCUUGUCAGAUGGUGGAAGUUUCUGUGGAAAUGAGCAGCAAUGACCUUUCAGCCACAAACUUCAGAAUUUGUGUUUAGGGUGGAGCAAGCAGUGGGACUUUCCAAGGACACUGUAACCUCUGUUCACUUGCAGGCUGGGAUUCAGAAUGGAAUUCAGAUGGAUUUUUAGGAGCAAAACUUAGAAAAGGUGGCUCGUGUGGCUUCUGUACUAGUUGAACUCUAGGAGCAGUUUAGCUCCAUAGUGUGGGAGAGAGUUUUAGGAUGAUAAGGUCAAGGGGCCUGAACUGGUUCCAUGAUGGACCAUGUGAGGUUUCUUUGUACUCUAAACUUCAACAAACUGCAGAACAUGACAUUUGGUUAUACUCAGUGCUGGUACAGACUUGUCAGACUAGAUGCAUGUUGGUUUUAUGAAAUACACGUUGGCAUUUCCAUUAGCCAGGUAAAACUAUUAUGUGGCCAGGAUAUGUUUUCUCCUUUCUCCUGUCCCACCACUGUUCAAAACAGUAGGUUGUCCUCAUCCUAAACCUCUUUGGCAGGGAAAGGUCUUUAGUUUUGAAGACUGAAGAUGAAAAUCUUAUUUAUGAACUGAAAAAGCUUCUAUCAACCAAACAAAGUUCUGGAGCAGACCCGUAAGUGGUAGGAAGAAAAGCCCCCAAAUCAACUUUGAACAUGAAUCCACUCUGUAAUGUUUACCUUCCAUGAACUGGUUGAAUGUAAUAAAGAUAUUUAAUUCAAAGACCGUGAAGGUCCUUUUCAGGUUUAUACUCUUAUUCCAUUUUCUUUCCUAUAAAUAAGUGGGAAGUUGAUGGCAAGAUCCAAAUAUCUCAUUGAGGACCAUAGCAUUGAAGAUUCUGUCCAUUCUAUAAAAUUUCUUGUGUAAGAAAUUGUUCCACUGAGCUACAUUUAAAGAAAUAAUAUAUACUAAAUGUCUGACAGUCUUUGAGCGUCUGGGGUUUUAGUAAUGACACGAGCUUUAAUGUACACGCUUCAGAAACUUGCAUUGCUGCACUGUUUGAACCCAGGAUGGAAAGGAAUGGAAGUCACGAGUGAACUUCAAAGCAAAAGAUGUUUUUUCUUUUGAAAGUACUUCUGGAAAGACCUUUCCAGGAAGGAAAGAAAAAGUACUUUUGGAUUGCAGGUGCUUCUGAAUUCCUAUAAUAAAUAAAAACAUAUUUUCAGGAGUUGAAAGUGACCAUCCAGUACCUUAGAUACUUGAGGUGAUCUGAGUGAGUAGAGGUGAAGCAAGAUGAGAAGAAUAUGGGUGAGUUAGAACAAGGUUAAAAUUUCAUGGUUACUUUCUUUAAAGAUGUGUGCACCAACUUGGGUAAUAUGACAGAAAUAGGUGACUGAAAAUGUGCUCGCAAAUGAGUUUGAGAGGUCUUGUGUGUGGGAGAAGUGAAGAAAGCUGCUGCAUGGGUACGUGUGUUCUAGUUUUUCAGCUAAAACAGUGUGAAAAGAGCUUAAAGUAGUUUUAUGUAGCUAUUGUUUUACAUUCCACUGAGUAAUAUGAAAACAAAGAGUGAUUCUUAAGUAUUUUACUUCCCCUUUCCUACUAAAAAUGCUGGGGGAAAUCAGAAUAGCGGAUGGAAAGUGUCAUAUUUGAAUAUUGCUUUCACUUCUCCUUGACGUGUGCUAUCUUUAAAGGCCAAAUGGGGAGGGAAGUGCCGCUCCAGUCAAGCACCACAAUGUGAAUGUGGACCUAGUGUUAAAACAUUUGUAUCCACGUCCAGCUGUAUCCAUGUAUAACGCUUAUUAGAGAUAAUUAGUAGGAAACUGUUGUUAAAGUUGCUGUCAAACCAUAAUUGUAGCCCAGAAGGUUGGAUGUUAAUCUGGUGCUAGAUUAUUUUCUCUCUGCAGUGUGUACUUUUUUCCAAGGAAUGCAAGUGUGAUUCACAGACUGGAUGAUCUGUUGAUAAGUUAGAGACUGUUCUGUCAGAAAGCUCUAAUAAAUCAGUUUUGAUGCUUUAUUCAGGAGAUAUGUGGAGGGUUGGGGAAUACUCUUAAUUGAGUGAAGGAAAGGUCUUGGUAGCUGGUAACUAAGGACUCAUUCCUUGUUAAUGAAGAGACGCUGCUCUGCCCUUGAAUUGUCAUCCAGUAACAUGAUAAACAUUCAUAUGCUUCAGGUUAUUAAUCUGUGGCUGCUGUUUGCUUGUGUAACUUGGUGCAUGCCUAAAAUCAAGUGAUUCUUUAAAGUCAGAAGUGCCUUUGCUUUGAUUUUUGUUGAUGCUUUAUUCCAUAAGGACCUGUUUACUUUUUUGGGUCCUUCCUUCUUAGCAUCAUCCUGUUUUCCAUUGCUUAAUUGGUAUUCCCAGGUCAUUCCCACAGCUAAUAUGGACUAAACCUCUCUUGCCCAAGGUGACAUUAAGAGGCUUAAGGGACUUCUCUGAGCUGCUAUAGUGCAUUAUUAAUGGGGUAGAACUUGUGCCCUGAUCUUUUCUACCCAUGGCAUAGUUCGCAUGUUGUAUGGAAGAAGCAGUUACAGUUUUGGUCUUUCAUCUUGCAAGUGAGUAAAUAUUUAGAUGAACUGGGAGGAAAACGUCAAUAAGGAAAGAUGCUAUUUGUAGCUGCUGUGCCUUAAAGGUCUUGGUUAAAGAUGGACAGACUGUGUAUGUAGUUCCUUGUUAUUUGUAUCUUAUAUAAACAGCUAGCAAGAGGAGCUUUGUCUGGCAAGUGGUCAGUGCUUGUAAGAUUUUCUUAAGCCCAGUUUAGAACAAUAUUUUAGGGUGUGCUGACAGUUAUUUUUCAGAGUUAAGGUGUUUGCCAGCUUGCUUGAUCUGUCACUCUUGGUGUGGUAGUGACCAUAACCAAACACAGCUGUUCAAACCAUGCACAGAAAGAACUUGAUUUGCUUAAGUCACUGCAUGGGCUUAUGAUUUUGCUUUUGAAUCUGCUAAUGUUACAUUUUAAGUAAAUUCUAUGUUUUGAGACUUGUUCUGUUGCGCCUAACCAGCUGUUUGUAUCCUAAGACUGAGUACUGCUGUCUUCCGUACCUGUUCCUACAUUAUGUUUUAAAUGAUGAGCUCUUUCAGUCUUUCUGCAGAGGUGAGCACGAGUUUUGGAUGUGGAAAGAAGGAUGAGGAUGCAGAAGAUUAGUGAAGAGUUUGAACACUGUGGGCUUGUGUUGAAUAUCAGUUUUGAUCUUGACUGUUUAGUUGGUUCUGAGCUCUAAUAAAGCAGUGUAGAUUUUCUGUAGGUGUACUUCUGUGCAUAAAGAGAUUUCUUGCUCCUGUUGAACAGUUACCAGCUGUUUACAUCAUUACUCUGAGGUUGAACUUGAGUUCUGAGUUGCUCCCUAGUGUAAAUUCAGUCAUUUAAAGAGGAAAGAGUUUAGUGGGGUAGGUAGUAAGAAAGGAUACAAAGGAGGAUAGAUCAAAGGACUUCGCCACCUAUUAAGAGUAAUAUGUAUCUAUCUUUAAUUUUUUUCAGUGAUUAUGCAAUUAGCUAUCUUCAUUAUUUUCUGAUACUAGUGCUGUCAUUUUAAUUAGCAUUAAAGGAGCAGGUUGUGCUAUGGACUGACAUACUUUGUUAGAUAUAACAUGGACUUCACAUAUUGCAUUAUUUAGCUUUGGGUUGAGCUAAGAGAAGACUCAGUAGCUGGAGAAUAUUUAUACCUCUGCAUGGGCCAUGUCAAAUAUAGGGAUGCUCCUUGUUUUUCCUCUGUCACUUUCUCCCUGUAUGAAUUAGGGAAGACUCCAUGUCUUUUGGACCACAUAAUCCAUUUGCUGACUGUCCUUGUUGAAACUCUCAAUGCAAUACAGGGGUAGUUGUGGUGGAGUAUGAAUGAUUAGGAAACCUGUAUUGAGCCUUAAUGUGUUCAAGUGAAGGUUUCACAGGUGUUUUCUGUCUAAAGUGAACCUUUCAAAAGCCUUUCAGAUGCUCAUAAGUGUAAUGGAAAGGAAGUACGUUGAUUUAAGGAACUGUAAAGUAAAAUCCACAAUUGCACGUCUGUGAAAACUUCAAGCCCAUGUUUGACUUUUCUUGUGGUCAUUUAUUCUGGGUAAAUCACACUGCACAGAUUCAAUGUGUCUCGUUCUUUGCAUCAAAUCUUUAGCAGUGUGAGGAAAUAAAGUGUUAUAUGUAUCUAUGUUGCAUCUUCACAGGAAAAAAAUGCAGUUACAUUCUUACUGUGCAUCUUCGAACUGGUACCAGAAAGUAGCUGAGCCUUAGAAAGGGAAAUUAAUUCCUGAACUGCUGUUAAAUCCCAUCCCUUGACAUAAGGAAACUGAGAUAUGAAGAGGGGCAAAAUUAUGAGGAGAUCCACAAGCAAUUAAUUGAACUGAUGGUGGCUGUGUGGCUUUGAUGGUCUUGCUGUCUUCACAUAAAUUCCUUAUGCGCCGGCUUCGUCAUCUUCGGAAUAUCGCUGCCCGUAACAUAAUCAAUAAGAAUGGUUAUCGCCUCUUGGAUACAUACUUCACUCUUCACUUGUGCGAUAAUGCCAAGAUAUACAAAGAAUUUUAUAAGAGCGAGGUGAUCAAGAAUUCUCUGAAUCCGACAUGGAGGAGUCUGGACUUUGGAAUAAUGCCUGAUCGUCUUGAUACCUCUGUCUCUUGUUUUGUCGUGAGGAUCUGGGGUGGCAAGAAGGAGCAUUUUCAGCUUCUGAUCGAAUGGAAGGUCAACCUAGAUGGGUUAAAGUACUUGGGCCAGCAGAUACACGCAAGGAACCCAAAUGAGAUUAUUUUUGGCCUCAAUGAUGGUUAUUACGGAGCUUCAUUUGAACAGAAGGAUCACUCAGGUACCCUGAAGAACAGUCUUCUCCAGGUGGAUCAGAACUGUGUUCGUAACUCUUACGAUGUCUUCUCUUUGCUUAGGCUUCACAGAGCCCAGUGUGCAAUUAAACAGACUCAGGUAACUGUUCAGAAGAUAGGAAGGGAGAUUGAAGAAAAGCUGAGAUGUACAUCUACAAGCAACGAACUGAAAAAGGAGAGUGAAUGUUUACAGCUGAAGAUCCUGGUGCUACGUAAUGAACUGGAGAGGCAGAAGAAGGCCCUUGGUCAAGAAGUAGCCUUGUUACAUAAGGAAAAGAAUACUUUGCAUGACAGAGAAAAUGCAUUUGAGAGUGAAUACCAGAAGCUUCAAGAGCAUAACGAAUCGCUGCAUGAAUUAAGAAAGGAAUGCACUGCUAAGAGAGAACUGUUUUUGAAGACAAAUGCCCAGCAGACCAUUCGAUGCAAGCAGUUGCUGUCGGAGCUAUCCUAUAUCUACCCUAUUGAUCUGAAUGAUCAAAAGGAUUACUUUGUUUGUGGAGUCAAGCUUCCUAAUUCUGAAGACUUUCAAGCAAAAGAUGACGGAAGCAUCGCCGUUGCCCUGGGCUACACUGCUCACUUGGUUUCCAUGAUCUCCUACUUCUUACAAGUGCCACUCAGGUAUCCGAUAAUUCACAAGGGCUCCCGCUCUACGAUCAAAGACAAUAUCAACGACAAACUGACGGAGAAAGAGCGAGAAUUUCCUUUAUAUCCAAAAGGAGGGGAGAAGCUUCAGUUUGAAUACGGAGUAUAUCUUCUCAACAAAAAUAUAGCACAGCUUAGAUAUCAGCACGGCCUGAGUACUCCAGAUCUAAGGCAAACUCUUCCCAACCUGAAAAACUUCAUGGAGCUUGGGCUUAUGGUUAGAUGCGAUCGACACCACACAUCCAGCGCAAUUCCCGUUCCAAAGAGACAGAGCUCGAGCUUCGGCAGAUUGGAUGUCGGCUUUUCCAGUGGCCUCCCUUCUCCGGAUAAAGGACUCCGAAAACGUGCCAGCACGGGAAACGAAAGACUCGAGUACAAAACUCCUCCUCCUAGUUACAACUCCGCUUUAACGCAGCCUGUUGCCAUCACAACCCGUGUCGGAGAGGUGGAUAAAAAACCCGCGCCGAUAUCGUCCUCAUUGGAUACCUCUAUGGACUCCUCGAAAGGAAACGCCAAGAAAGGCAGCGAGGACUUGUGCGGGAGUUUAAAUGGAGAAAACGGGAGCUUAAGCAACACCCAAGACCGGCAGGAGUCUUUCCUGGGACAUACGAGUGCAAUAAACGGUGAGUGCUCCGGAACAGCGAGCGCCGAGCAACCCUGCGAGUUCCGUCCCUCCCUCGGGCCCGUCCUUUGCUGCACCGUGGAGCAAGCGGAGGAGAUCAUGGGGAUGGAAGCGACGGGCUUCAGCGCGGGAGAUCAACUCGAAGACUUUAAUUCCAUCCCGGUGGAACACGCCGUGGCGGUGGAGUGUGACGAACAAGUCCUAGGGGAGUUCGAGGAGUUCUCCCGAAGGAUCUAUGCACUGAACGAAAACAUGUCCAGCUUCCGCAGGCCGCGUAAAAGUUCGGACAAGUGAGACAUUGAGGAGAAAUGGGUGAUCUGGAAUAGAGAUAAAAUUGCACUUAUUCUUUAUAUUAAUUAUAUAUAUUAAAAAAAAAAGCUAAAGCUAUUCCUAUGGUGUUAAACAAAUGGACUUGAGCACGGUAACACAGGAUUAUGGUAUAUUCACAGCCCAGGUAAAUUUUGAUUCUGCUUCCAGUCCUCUUAUGUUUGGUAUUUAUAAUCUCUCAGAAAUUGGUUUUGGAAUCCAUUUAUAAAAGACUUUCCGGGAAACACCUUCUAGUGCUGAUCAGGUGAUAAGGCCCCCCUAUGAAUUAAUUUCUUAAUUAUUAUUUAGAGUUAAAUUUAUUUUAAUCUUCUCAGAAGAAAGAAAAAGUUAAUUUAAAAAUACAUUUAUGGUAAGAGUUCUUUCCCUUCUCCCAUGUACUCCUGUGUUUGUUUGAGCAAUGUAGUCAGCGUUACAGAAAUACCAUGAAUUUGUUAUAGUUGGAGAGUUUUCUCUCGGCUACUCUCUGUAGCUUUUCAAGUUCUAGUUUCACUGAUGGGUCUUCAGUUGGUGUAAACGUGCCAGAGAAUGAGCAGUUUCCUUAAUUAAUGAGAAAAUACCUUUCUUCUCCCUCCAUACUCACUGUUCCUAUUAAGGAACUAAAAUUGCCUCUUUAGGUUUUGCAUAAAAAUCUCAGCCUGACCAUUCCCCACUUGUUGGGCACAAACCUCAUUAGUAGAGACCUAACGAAUUCACUACCCAAGCGGGGUUCAGCUGCCACCUCCCAAUGUGUCUUAAUGGGGACAACGUCUCCCUAAAAACCCAGCCUGAAAGCGCAGUUUACGCUUUGGAAUUAGGCGAAUCUGUGGGAAUCACUUCCCCCUCUGUCAAGCAGAGGCACCUGGCAUUAUUAAUCUAAAUUAAUAUCAUUUUAAUCAUCUGUACAUUGAAGGAAGAGCGACUGGCAGUUCACUGAGGGUGCGUAUUCGGCUGCACCAAUGGGAAAGCAAUUUACAGCCUGUGUUGUGAUUCCUGGUAUUUGUUUCAGUUUGGAUUGCAUUGCUCUUGCUUUCUAUAUUUUAUACCCACGAAUUCGGGCUCGGUCAUGAGCUCUGAAAUAUAAAAAUAUAUAGCAGAAUAAAAAAAAACCCACUUCAUCAUGCCUGGCUUUUUAUUUUUCCUCCCUGGUCUAUGCUUUUAUUUUGAACCAAUGACCUAGUCUUUUUUUCCUAACUUCACCAUAAGGCUAAGCCUAAAUUAACUUUUUAAACCGUGGUUAUGUGUAAUCUCAGCUAUCAAAAUGAGGCGUGUAUGCGAGAACCAGUAUGCAUAACAGCACUGUGCUAGAAUACGCAUUUUUUCCAGGUAACACCUUAAUGAUUGUAUUAAAAUUAUAUUCACGUUUCUUCUGUUCGCUUUUAACCUGUCUACAGUCAAGUUGUGGGAUCGAGCUUCUCUACAGCCUUUCACUAUUUUUGGUCUGUCCCAGGACGAUGUAUUAGAUGGAAACACUUGGAAGCGGAGAUCUCAAUUCUAUAAGGUGUAUUGAACAUGAUUCCAGGUGCUAAAUUGGGCACGUUCAGGAGGAUCUUCUCACCUGAAUAAGCUCCUCUGUUCCAACCUCAUCAAAAGUUUCCCUAAAGGAAAUGCUGCAGCAUCUUUUGAGAAGAGAUAGGUAGGAAAUUAUCGCUGUGUUUUGGCGUAGAAAGCGAAAAAUGAACACCUCAAAGUACAAGCGUUUAUUAAUAAAGUAAGCAUAAGGUGCUCUAUCUUACCGCCUUCUGAUAGCGUCAUUUUAGGUGAAAUUAGGGCACGUUGUGCACCCCGCGGCAUGGGCUCUGGCACGUUGAAGCAAUGCAGACCUGUUGGUAGAAAAUCUCCUUUUCUAUAACAGAAAAGCAUUAGUUUGUGUGCGGUGGUGACUUUUCAAAGCAACCCAAAGAGUAGCUGCGAAAUCGCUGUGUUCCGUAGAGCAAACACGGAGCGUCUCGGUGCAAUUACGCGACACAUUAAAUUAGGUUUGUAGAGCAUCAGCGGGAUUUUGGAUUAUUGUUUUUCACUCGUUGCACGUUUUCUCAGGUUGCACCCGACCAAAUGAACUCUGGUUUUCCUCCCUGAUGUGUUGCUGCUCCUGUUUGAUCCCCGUACUUGUCGAUGUGUCAAACACGAUGUUUGGUUUCUGCAUCCGUCGCACAAAGCUGCUUUGAUGGCCUUUCUAUGGAUGUAUCUUUAGGAGGCCUUAAAUUGUCCCCGAGUUUCUCUUCCCCGGUGAAGAGGGACGGCAUCAUAGGGCUAAUUAAACCAUUGACAAACUCAUUGCUGUGAGGAUUGUACAGACUGCAGCCACAUCAUGGCUUUCAUUUUUGUGAUUAUUAUCUUUUCCCCCCUGUAAAUUACUUUGAAAAUAGCGUAGCGGGAGAGAAACAAAUAGUAGGUUUGAAGGUGAGAUGAUAAAUCACAGCUUGCUUUAAACUGUCAAGAGCCUUUCAGUUCCUGCACAGCUGUGACACUGUUAAAUGUCUGCAAAUGUCUUCGAGCGCGGAAAACAUUUCAUUGCAAUCUUUUCCCCUCACUAGGAAUUCCUAAGAUUGUUGAGUAUAUUAGUUUUGGAAGAUCGUAUCCCACGAUAUUUUUGUAGCGAGCACAACAGCAUUGGCUUAUCCUUGCUUGGCCAGGUAUUUAAAAUAAGCGAAACCAGAAUAUCCCAUAGUAAAUGACACGUUAAAACUAUGUUGGUAAUUGCGGGAAAGCUCAUCUGUAUUUAUAAAAUAAAACUGAUUAGUUAUCUCUCAA